AUGCCAAGGUAUUUACAAAAACCGUUCGAUUUUGUCCAAUCGUCUUACUAUUACGAAGUGUUCGGAACGCCUCAAGAGGGGGAUAUUCUAGGCAAAGUAGAGGCUCAACCUAACACUCAGUUCUACGGCAUUGACCGUAAGAUGAAUGGUAAGUUCAAGGUUGAUGCAGAUAUGGGAGAGAUCUCGGUGGGCCCAAAUGCCGAACAACUUGGCAACGGCAAUCACACAUUCGAGGUUUCUGCCACGAACGGAUUACGUACG